CUUCGUGUCCUUGUGGUCGUAUCAGACGGCAGCACCUGUCUCACAAACUUGUUUCUUUUCGCCUCCUUGGAAUCUGGUAAGUUCAUGUUUAAUACUUCUCUUCUCUUAUGUUACUGAAUAUUAAACCAUAACUCUGCACACUUUUAUUUAUCUCAUUAUUUCUUAAAUGUACGAUUAACCUGAAGAAUGAUUUAACUUUUGCUGAUUGCGUCUUAGGUUAGAUAUUGGAUUAAUGAUUGUAACUUUUUAACGAUUUCAAUACAAAUAUCAAUUUGACUUGACAUCAUAUUUUUAAAUGGAAGUGGAGGCAUACACACACAAAAGAGCAAACAAUUGGUUUGAUCUAGAGGAGUAAGGGUUUACAAAAAUCAUGGUUCAGUUUCAAGGUCACGGUUUGGUCCGCUUUCUGGACAGUAAGGGAGUUAACUAUCUGUCUGUCGGCAGAGCUGCAGCAGACGGAUUAGACCAGUUGUGCACAACAGCAGCUGCUGUUCAUUCUUAUAGGGCUGGUAUGACUUUAUCGCUUAAAUAUGGAUUUAACAGAAUUUCAUAUUGGUGCUUUAUCACCUUUUACACGUGUGUUCUCAACAACCUAAUAUGGUCAUAGAUCCACUGCGAUAAAAACUCCAGUACUGUUUGUUAUUGUUUUAGUUAGCUCUGAAUAAUCAGGAAAAGGCGCUGCGUUUGAACAGAGCCUUUGCCUUUUUUGGCGUGUGUUGUUCCCGCCGCCAUGAUGGGAAAAAUAUGUUCUGUUAUACUGUUUAUUUACGUUUGAGCUUUUUAUUCUUUACAAAUUCAGUUUGGUAUGCACACUUCCAGAAGUCCUGCUUUGAAAUGGGUUGGUACUAGUACCUCUGCACCGAUUCAUUUUAAGGAUAACAGUGAGUUGGUAGUUAUGCAGAUUUGAAUUUUGACAGGGUGAGCAGGACCCUCCUGUUCAUGACACAUUCGUUUUAUUUUCCAGUUUAUCAGAAUUAUUCGUUUAUUAUUGUUAACCUGAUAUUCUCUGGUCCAGUCUCAAAGUAUCAUCGGAAACGUGUCUAUGUCUAAAAUGUCAUUGUAUUUUUUAAGUUAACAGAUAAUGCAGGAUGGAUCUGAUGGAGAUCGAUGACGGCAUAUACAUGAAGAGGAACCUCAGGAUGGAUGGAGGUAUAGUACCAGCCUGUAACACUGCCCAAUAAGGAAAACUAAUAAGAAACCUACAUUUUAAAAACUGUAAUUCAUAUGAGAUCAGAAACUUACCUGGUGGUUGACCGAGUAAAACUUAAUCUAAAUGUCAUAUACAUGAGUAUUUUAAGUAUUUGGAAAAAAUAAAUCACUUUGUGUAAGAAAAUGUGUUUCUACCUUUUAUGUAGCAGAUCUCCAGAGAAGAAAAUCCCCCUCCAGAUGUGUUUCUGUGAGUCUCGGAUUACUGUGUGCUGUCCUGUUGGCUGGAAAUGCAGCACAGUUCAUCUACUGUAAGUUGUAAAAGUAUUGAGUAACUUUCAAACUUACAUGAACUUCACUUUUGUGUUUGUAAUGACUUCAUUUAUUUGACAGAUUACUUAUUCGGCCAUCCCAUAUCAGCUUAUCUGAUGCCGGCGGGUAACAGCUCUGGAGCUUUAACCACAGACAGAGAACAGUUUGAAGCCAAACUGAGUAACCUGACGACUGAAAAAGAUCAACUCCAAAACAGUUACGAUUUACUGAGGACCGAUAAAGAAGCACUGCUAACACGAUUUAACACUCUGCAGACGGAAACAGAGCAACUACAGAGCAAAUGCAAAAGUUUAGGAGCAGAUAAAGAUCAGUUAGAGGAGAAGAUUGACAAAGUCAGAGGCAAUCUGACAAGAGAGAAAGACCAGUUGCAGCAGAACUACAACAACAUCAGUGAAGAGAAAGAUCAGCUGCAAACAAACUUAAACAACAUGCAGGAGAACCUCGAUACCCUGCAGAAAGAAAAAGACGAGGUGCAGACGAAGCUUGUUACAAUGAGAACAAACAGAGAUGAGUUACAGAGGAGCUGCUCUUCACUCAAGAGUGACAAGGAUGAGUUGCAAAUAAGUUUGACAAAUCUGACUCUCAGUAGAAAUCAGCUCCAGAACAGUUUUGAUUCACUGAUGGCUGAGAAACGAGGUUUGCAGACUCUGCAUGAUAGUCUGCAGAGGGAAAGAGAGAAACUGCAGACCGAAAGCAGAAGUCUGGGAAGAGAUAAAGAUCAGUUAGAGAAAAUGAUUGAUAAAGUAAGAGGAAAUCUGACUGAAGAGAAAGACCAGCUGCAGCAGAACUACAACAACUUAAGAAGAGAGAGAGAUCAGCUGCAAACAAACUUUAACAACAUGCAGAAGAAUAACGCCAACCUGCAAAAAGACAAAGCUAACCUACAGACAAACAGAGAUGACAUACAGAGGAGCUACAACUCACUGAGGAGUGAGAAGGACCAGCUGCAGAGAGGCAAAGAUGCUUUGCAAACACGUUACAGCUCGCUGCAGAGGGAAAAAGAUCAGCUGCAGCAGAACUUCAACACCGUAAAACAAGAGAAAGAUCAGCUGCAGACAAACUUUGCUAAUGUUCAGAAGAAUUACGCCAACCUGCAAAGAGACAAAGCUGACCUACAGACGAAGUUUACCACAUUAACAACAAACAGAGAUGCAUUACAGAGGAGUUACAACUCACUGAGGAGUGAGAAGGACCAGCUGCACAGAGACAAAGAUGCUUUGCAAACACGUUACAGCUCGCUGCAGAGAGAGAAAGAUCAGCUGCAGCAGAACUACAACGCCGCGAAGAGAGAGAAAGAUCAGCUGCAAACAAACUUCGCUAAUGUUCAGAAGAAUUACGCCAACCUGCAAAGAGACAAAGCUGACCUACAGACAAACAGAGAUGACAUACACCGGAGGUACACCUCACUGAGGAGUGAGAAGGAGCAGCUGCAGAGAAGCAAAGAUGCUUUGCAAACACGUUACAGCUCGCUGCAGAGAGAAACCGAACAACUGAGGACCAACUUGAGUAGUGUGACAGCUGUUAAAGAUCAGCUGGAGAAGAAGAUCUGCAAAAUUAAAGGUGUGAUUUUUUUUUUGUAAAAACUUAAGUCAUGUAAUCUGAACUUGUUUGAUACUAAUAAAAUGUCUCUGUUCAUGUUUGUAUUCAAAUUUGAAGGCAGGCCAUGUGAAGCAGGCUGGAGGAGAUUUGACAUCAGCUGUUACUACAUUUCAACUGCUAAGAAAACAUGGAGCUCGAGCAGAGCUCAGUGUGCUCUCAGUGGAGCUGAUUUAGCCAUCAUUGACAGCAGAGAGGAACAGGUGAGCGAGGUGGGAAGAAAGGGGGAAGUGAUCAGAGCCUGUAGCGCCCUUAGCAAAAUCUGACACAGCAAGAGUUUGUUGUAACUGCAGCUGUUAUAACGCUGCGUUCCAGUUUCCUCAGAAGUCGGAGGAGGGAAUGAUGCUACACCCGAGUUGAUGGAGUUCCAGUUAACAAGUCGGAAAAUCAAGAUGGGCGUCCACUGUUAGCUGUCGUUAACUGUUGUUAACAAUCAUCAGCUGUCGUUAGCCGAUGUCAGUCGUUGUUAGCGGUUAAGAGCUGUUGUUAGUUGUCGUUAGCUACAGCAGUUGUGAACAACGCAUAACACAGUAUUUCACUCUUAUAAACACCAUAGCACCGUGUUCACAGUCAGACGUUGGGCAGUACAACAAAUACCACUGAUUUAAUUUCACAAAAACAAAAGUGCUAAUAUAUAAUUCAUUACGAGAGCUUUCACUGUUGAUUCACUGCGCUGCCAUCUUGGAUUAUGACGUUGUCGUCAAGUUGGGGUUGGUGAGGAUCGUCCGACUUUACGAGUCGGAAAUCCACCUUCAAGGGGCGUUCCAGAUGAAUUUCUGACUUGCAGCUUGGAAACCCCGACUUCCGAGUACAACUGGAACGCAGCAUUAACAGGCGAUCACAAACAGAGGAUAUAACAAUGUCUCUUUUUUCUUUCAUUCCUGUGUGUGUUAUAUGAUAACAGGUUUUUCUCAAUGGGCUGCUCAGACCAAAUGUGCAGGCCUGGAUUGGAAUGACUGACGAGGCUAAAGAGGGGACUUGGAUGUGGGUGGAUGGGACCCCCAUCACCACCACGUAAGUUCUAAAGCCUGAUCGAACCCAUUUUGUGUCCUUUAUUUUAUGUCCUCUAAUUGGAUUUUUAGAAGUAUCCCAGUCCUGUUACUUAAGGGUCUGACAGUAUUCAGGGUUUUAUACAGUCUUACUUUGGACUGGGAACAUGUUUGAUGUAACACUGGAUACACAACUUUAUUUUCUGGUAUCUUACUCAUCAGGUACUGGGAUGACGGGCAGCCCAACAACUAUUGGUUCUUGCAGGAUUGUGGAGCAAUAGAGGGGAAAGGAUCAGUGGGAGCGUGGAAUGAUAGACCCUGUUGGAAUGACAAAAUCUGGAUCUGUGAAAAAAUAGAUUCCUGUGAUUAAUCAUAAAUGCUGACAUUAUCAUAAAUGUAAAUUUAGUGCACGUAUCCUUGAUGUUUUUUCCCAGUAAUACUUUGCUAUUGUAAUGUAUUGUAACUAAUGCUUUACUAUUAUUAUCAUUUUUAAAUGUGUUUGACUCUGUUUCCCUCCUGUUCUCUGGAUUUUAUUCUAUAGAUCAGUUUUCAGUGCCUAUUUCCUGUUUCAUUUUGUAGUAGUUGAUUCCUUGUGUUUCUAGUCUGGUUUUACUUCCCUAGUUUUCCCUCCCUUGUCAAUCACCCAUGAGUUUCACCUGUCUUGUUCGCCUCACCCGUUGCUCGUUUCUAAGUGUGUAUGAAGUCCCUGUCUUCCCCUCUUUCCUUGUUGGUUCAUUGUGUGUGUGUGUGUGUGUGUGAUUUUGCCCCAGUGAUAUUUUAUUCUUUGGAUUUUGCUUGUGUUUUUUCUUUUACCUUUGGGAAUUUUUCAGUUGGACAUGUAAAGAAAGUUUUUCUUGGUUUUCAUUUAGUUAAAUUUAAAUAAAUCCUUUUCCCUGUAUUUUGGGUCCUUUCCCUUUUGUUUUUACUCUGGCAUGUGACAUUUUGCACAAAUGUAUAUUGGAAAUGGCUUCCUGUAUGAAAAAUAAAAUUGCAUAACUUGUUAAGAAACAGA